AUGGCGCUGCGCUCGGUUUGCGCCGCUGCCUUGCUCACUGGGAAGGAUUUAGGGGUCAAUAAUGUGAGGACGCUUGUCACAACAGCAUUCCUCUGCAGACGGGUCCGUCCUUUGGGUCCAAUGCCAAAUGCAGAGAUUGACUAUAAAAAUCUGAAGUCAUUGGAGAAGUAUCGCAGCUAUGAACCUUACUACAAACAAGCUCAGGCGGCGAACAAAAAAACAGUUUGGUGGAAGACCUACAGGAGCUACGUGGAAAAAGCUGACCCCGAGCAUGGGGAAGAGCGAGUGGACAUUGGACUGCCGUACUAUGCACCCAGUCGAGAGGAGAGGAAGAGGAGGCAGGUGAUGAGGGACAACAAGAAGAACGCUGAGCUGGAGAGGGCUUUACGUCUGCGCACUUUUAAGAUCCCUCUGGAUCGAGUGCAGGAAGUCUGGGAGAAGGAAAACGCUCUAUUUCAUAUAAAGAGACUUGCAGACCACUACGCGGUCUUCAGAGAUCUCUUCCCCAUGGCAUACUUUCUGCCUCAAGUCUUACUCCGGGUCUGCUACGGCCAAGACAACAGUGGUCAAGUGUAUUAUGGGAAUCGGCUGACACCGACAGAAGCAGCGUCUGUCCCUCAAAUCAGCUUUGAUGCAGAGGAGGACUCCCUGUGGACACUUCUGCUCACCUGUCCAGAUGAGCAUCUUCUGGAUAAUGAGGCAGAAUACAUCCACUGGCUGGUAGGGAACAUACCAGGAGGAGCGGUGCAGGCCGGAGAGGAGCUGUGUCACUACCUGCCCCCGUUCCCUGCCAAAGGGACAGGCUUCCACCGCUACAUUUAUGUCCUCUUCAAGCAGGACGCACCAGUCAACUUCCAGGAGGAUGUCAGACCGUCGCCAUGCCACUCUCUGGCGGAUCGCACAUUCAAGACCGUGGAUUUCUACAGAAAGCACCAGGACAAAAUAACACCUGCAGGCUUGGCCUUCUUCCAAAGCCACUGGGAUGAAUCUGUCACCGAUACCUUUCACAACACACUCAACAUGAAGGAGCCGGUGUUUGAGUUUAUCCGACCUCCAGUGUACCACCCCCCACAGGUCAAAUACCCUCACCGACAGCCGCUACGCUACCUGGACAGAUACCGAGAUGGAAAGGAGCACACCUAUGGAAUAUAUUGAUCAUGAGACGCACGCUCACGGAGCUGAAAAUACACAACUAUUUGCAAAUGUGGAGUCAUGUCCGACAUAUUUAUGUUAAAAAAAAUAAAGCAUUUUUCAACUGUG